UGCAGAGUUGCCAACUAACAUGUGCUCUUGGACGCCCGAGGGACGUGACGUGACUGCAAACGUUGACGCACACUUUUACGCACAUGAAGUUUGGGCGCAACUUGGUGAAUGUUAUUUAUUUAUUUAUCUAUCUCUCUUAUCUUUUUAUUUAUUUGUUUACUUGACCAGCCACUUGGUCUAUAAAAGCACAUCCAACCCGGUUUCUCCAUCCAUCCUGAUCGCUCUCCCCGUCAAACACAGUCACUCGCUCUAUUUCCUCAAUCCAAACACUCUACUUGAUCAAAAAAAAGCAUUGACUACCUUGUAUAUACAAAACCCGACCGAGAUCAAUCGCAUCAUCAUGUCUACAGAAACCGACGCAGAGCUGGGUACAGCUCUCAGCGAAUGCCAGAUCAUGGAGCGCCAGGCCGAGACAGCCAAGAGAGGAUCGUGCCGGAAGCUCACGCUGGAGGACCUCCCUCCAGAGAUCAUGUUCAUCAUCUGCGAGUACGUGCUCUUCUCAAACACGCAGAGCGCGCCGCGCAACCCGGCGAGGGACCAGCACAUGCGGUUCCAGAGCCCGGCGGCGCGGGGGGUGUGGCUGCCGCGGCUGCUGGGCAUCGACGGGUGGGAGGAGCAGCAGACGCAGACGGCGCUGCUGAGGACGAGCCGGUUCCUGUCGGGGUGCGCGCGGCGGGUGCUCGCAACGUCCAAGUUCAGGGCGCAGGUGGACGUGGACGUCAUGUGGGUGGCGACGUCGGGCAUGUGGCCGACGGUGCUCAGCCCGACGGCCUGCUACCGCUCUGCUCUGGACGGCAGCCGACCGGGCACGACGGUCGAGGUGCUGACGGUGUCGAUUCGGCUGUUUGACGACCCGGCCGGCCUGCACUGGUCGCUGGCGGGCUGGGGCCGGUUCCUGCCCAUCCCCAAGGGCGAGGUGGCGAUUGCGACGGCGAUCCAGUCGCUGCCCCCCGCGAUGAAGCAGGCGGACAGGGUCGUCUUUUGCCCGCCGUUCGUCGCCAACGGCUACUACCACCGCUGGGGGGAUUUCGGCAACGGCGAGUCGGCGUGGCCCAAGGGGUGGACGGUGCCGGACGAUCUGGGGCCCGAGGAGCAGCGCAACAGGAAGCGGCUGCUGCCGUGGGAAGGGUGCAAGCUGAGGGCGAGGACCGCCAUGGCCGACAAGGUUGCCAACUUUCUGUGCAGUGAGCUUUUGGAGCUGAUGAGGAGGGACGAGGGCCUGGGGGAGCUUGGAGAGGGGCUUGAGAGGGUUGAGUUCAAGGUGGGAGGGGUGUUGAGGAGGGCUGUGGAGGUGGAUGUCUAG